CUACAUUAAAAUGUCAAUGAAUUUAUACAAAUUCAUUGAUAUUAAAUUAUUGAUGAGUUCCAAACAACAACAAUAAUAACAACGAAAAAUGUUACUCCGUAAAAGAAGGCAAAUAAAAUACAUGACUAAGAGCAUUCGUAAUGGGAAACAUCUAGGAGAGCAAGAAAAUCCAACAUGGUAUCAGAGCAGUAGAAUUCUCUUCUUCUUCACAGAAUUCCUCUUCGCUGUGAUCCUGAUAUCAAUGGCGACAGGAAAUCCAGGCCAAAUCGAGCCUUCUGAUCCCUUAUAUCUUCAUCCAUCAGAUCAUCCUGGCCUGGUGCUGAUUUCAACAAAAUUCGAGGGCGAUGGAUUCGGAUCCUGGCAGAAAUCCAUGAAGAUUGCUCUCUCGGCUAAGAAUAAGAUGGAAUUUGUUCAUGGAAGAGUUGCGAAGCCGAUCAACAAUCCUAUCAAACUCAAUGCCUGGCAGAGGUGUAAUGACAUGAUUACAUCCUGGAUUCUGAACACACUAAGCAAGGAAAUUGUAGAUAGUGUUUUGUAUGCAGAAACUGUGACUGAUCUUUGGAAUGAGCUCAUUGAUCGUUUUGGACAAACUAAUGGAGCGAGGUUAUAUCAACUUCAGAAAGAUCUAUGUUCUGUUUCGCAAGGAAAUUCUGAAAUUUCUGCAUAUUAUACAAAAAUGAAGAAAAUCUGGGAUGAAUUAGCAACAGUCUCAAAUUUACCCAGGUGUACUUGUGCUGCUGUACAGGAACUUCUGAAAUAUGAACAGGAUCAGAAAUUAGUUCAAUUCCUAAUGGGGCUCAAUUCAGAUUAUAAUACCAUAAGGGGAAAUAUUCUCAUAAUGAGGCCCCUUCCAUCUGUUGCUACAGCCUAUGGCAUGCUUAUACAUGAGGAGAAGCAAAGGCAGAUUCAGGCUGAAUCUCCUUUCAUUGCUGAACAUACAUCUUUGAAUGCAAAUUUGCAGACAUCAUUUAGAGGAAGAAUGGAUGAUAAGAAGGUCAUUGUGUGUGAGCAUUGCAAGAAGAAGGGUCACACGGCUAACAAGUGCUAUAAGCUUGUGGGGUACCCAAAGGAUUUCAAAUUUACAAGGAAUAGAAGAUUAGCAGCAAAUGUUCACAAUGAAGGAAGCUAUGAUUCUGCCAGCAACAAUUCAAGUGAAGAUAGCAGAAAUGAGGGCCAGUUCACUCCAGAACUCUGUGGACAAUUUUUGAGGAUUCUUCAGUCAAUGAAUGAAGGCAAAUCCCACAUGACUUCUGAUUCCAACUCAAAUUCUCAGGCCUUUUCUGCUCACAUGGCUGGGCCUUUCCAAGAGGAGGCCACUGGAUCUUGGUGAAAAACAUGAUGGUCUGUACAUAGCCAAAUCUCUUCAGUCUUCUCAAGUCUCCCAAAUGUCUCAUAUUAGUUCUUUUGAUGUAUCAUCUUCCUCUACUGAUAAUGCUCAUAGUAGUUCCAGUUGUAAUAAGGCUUGUAAAGUUUCAGAUGUAACUGUUUGGUACAUGAGACUUGGCCAUUUGCCUCUUUACAAACUGAAAUAUAUCUGUUCUUUUAAU